UUUGAAGAAACCUCUAUGAAGUUUCUUUGAUAAGUGCAAUCAGGCAUUGGUGUAAUGCAUGAUCCUGAGUCUUUCCUGGAACAGCAGAAGCAAGCUCGAGAGAUGGCGACCCCAGAAAACACUCCUCAAGAUGCAAACAUUGCCCUCUCCCCCAACCGCAUCACACGUUUCCAGGAAACGGAAGAGCUCCGCAAGCUCAACGACCUUCUGGUCGUUUACAUCGACAACGCCCGUUCCCGGGAAGUGGAGAACGCCGGCUUGCGUUUGCGCAUCGCUGAAUCCGAAACAGAGGUGUCCCGGCAGCUGACUGGCCUGAAGGCCGUUUACGAGACGGAGCUGGCGAAAGCCCGUGCGUCUCUGGACUCGGAGGCCACAGAGCGUGCACGUCUGCAGCUGGAGUUGACCAAGCUGAGGCUGGAAUUCGACGAGCUG